AUGGAUCUUAUAGAUUUAAUUGGAGACUCCAGAACAGACAGCCUGCCAGCUGGAUUCUUACGCUCAAUUAAAAUAAAGUACAAACAAGAAUCGUCGCGAGUGUUCCCGCCAGGAACUCCGUAUCAUUCUACGGACCUCACUGAUAAAACUCCUCAUCUGAAGCAUGGAAGUCAAAGAAGUGGCUCAGCAGCAAGUAAUACUUCUGCACCGGUAGGUUGUUAAAUCGCUCGUAACUUAAUUUUCGUGCAAGAAAAUAUGGGUGCGUGAUCUGCUUUUAGCCCCACGCCGCACAAUAUUCUUGUAUUCGGCGAAAACGUAGCUCAUCUUCAUUUGUUUACAGUAGAAAUUCACGGGUCACUACGUUGAGGUCAACUAAGAAAGGAGUCAAAUUACGAGUGCUUUAAGGUCUCUCAGUUUUUGCUUUCGGUUUCUCUUUUCAUUCAUUCUAAAUUAACAGCUACAUGCUCAAGAUCUGUGUGCUACAUUUUCGUGUGACUCUAUGAAAUCAUCUUACUCAUUAAAAUUGUAUGAUAUUUCACAAUGUUGCUAAUCUUAUGAUACGUAGUUGUUUCACGACUCUGGGUAAUUUACCAAAAAAUGAAAACUCUUGAUUUCAGUCUUUUUAGAAGAAUUGGAUAUAAAAAAAUUUCUGCGAAAUGUGCUGGAAAAAAUUUCCCUAUCCUUGAUGAUCUUAAUUUAUUAAGAUGGUAUUAUUGGGUGAAUUCGCUAUGAAUAAUUAAUAGGUUUAUUCUGGUACGAAAUCCACUGUAGGAGAGGCUUUUUAGUAAAAGAUAAGUACAACACCUCUUUAGCUCUCUGGCAGCUAGCAAGGCCAAUAUGUUUCAUUUUAACAGGCAGAGACUGCAAUUGCAGGUCUGGAUUGGUUUGUGCACAGCCACUCCUCCUCUUUCCCGAAAUUUAAAAUAAGUCAGUGGAGUCAUUAUCACUGCAGCAGGAAAAGAUAACACGUUGUAGGGCACUGAGCAUCUGCCUGCUCAUGAUCACAAAACAGUUAUGGAAACACCAAACACUAUUAGGAUUAUGUAGCUAGUUAACUGGUCAAAGGAUAUUUUAGUAAAUUUGAUUAGGUGGAUGCAGAUGACUUGGUAUACAAUUAGCUUCCUCGCAUUCUAAAAGGUUCCACUAUCUCCACAUGUAAUCACCCCAUAUAACAAUUACUUUUUUAGAGUUUUAUGGCAUGGCGUGUGCCAUCACGACUGAUUCAACAGCGUAAACUCGAGCUGCCCCCUCCAUCAGCAGGUAAGAUCAUGUUGAAGUUGAAAAACUUUGUCACAUGGACAGAUUUUCUAUCUUUGUUUUUUUUGGAGGGGGUGGAGAGUGUUUGGGCAUGAUUUUUUUGCAUUUAGAUGUUCUUCUGAGAAAUGAUACUUAUGGCUGAGAAAGUAAAUUUUUACGUGACAAAUGAGCAUGAGGUCAGUUUUUCUUUUAGAUGCUUCAUGUUUAUUAUUAUUAUAUGGCAUGAUAGUCUCAAAGUAAAUCUGAGCAUUCUGAUUGUUUCUCACUUGGUGCGUAUUUUGCCAUGUGGACCAUUUCCACAGAAAUGUUCAUGAGAUGUGGAUUUUUGGUCUCAAAAGCCAACAAAUUCAAAAUAAACAAGUUUUGUGUGAAAAACAAGAGCCUUAUAAUAAGCUGCUUGAUACUAACCUCACUUGAUAAAGCUGUUCUGGGAAAUAUUGUCCCUUGGUCUAAAUUAUCCAAAAAUAUGGAUUUUGAAAAUUAUCUUUUUUUGAAUUAUUUUUUUAAAAAAAGGUGGAUUUGAUGGGCAGAGACAGAAGUUAGGGUCCCGAAUGUCUGUACUAAGUGAACAGUCCCAUGGCAGUAAACAACUUCAACCACUCUCCAGAGGAAAGGCUGAUUGUAAGUACAACUUAAAAGUACUGUUAACCCUUGACACCUUGACAUUAUUAUGUAUAUUCUCCAUACAGUUCCCAAUACAUUUCCUAAGGUGCUGACAAGGAGAAUUUGUUCACCAAUCAAAAGCUUCUUUAGUUGCUAGUCAUGACGUUCAUGUGUGAUUAAGGGGGCUCUAUAGGGUUUUUGGCCACACAAGAUCUGGGUGCAUACAUAGCAUGAGCUUUAAAAAGUGUCAACAUGCAAAACAAACAAGUUGGAUCAGUACAAUCACAAGAUUGUUAUCUGAAAAGGCAUGUUAAAAACAGUUUAACACAAUACAGUUUUUAUGUGAUGGAAUAUAGGGUUUCCAGCAACCACACCCAUAAUAUUCUUAGGCCUUCUACACCUGAAAAAAGGUCAGCCAAAAGGUAAACACUGUGGGAAAGAUUGCCAAAAGGCAACAGAUUCAAAAUUCUAUGCAUGCUUAGAUACUGAUCUUGGAGAAGUUCUAUUCCAUUACAUAAUGCUUUGGGACAAAGAAAAAGGGAACUUUCCAGUAAGAUUUAUCACAUCUCCUUCUGUGGAAUUUCCUAAGCUGGACCAUUAAACAUAUUUGUGCCCUUCCUAGUGCCUACUGAAAAAAGUCAUAAGACCAAAUUUGAGAUGGAGGAAGAAAACACAAAACUGCAAAUAGCAAAGAAACUGCAUUUGUAACCCCUAUUUUUUGGGCUUUUAAAUUAUUAGCAGGACAAUUUUCACAAAUUGUAAAAAUUUUGAGAGAUUUCACCAAAACAAAUUUAAGAAAAUCAAAGGCAAAGACAAAUUAUUGCUGGUGAGGGCCUUCCUUUGUGGAGCCUUAGCCUAAUAAUGAAAAAAAUUUUGAUAAUUUUUACUACAGCAAAGGUAGUCCAAACCUUGGUCAUUGCCUUUUGAUGGCUUUUAGUGACCUUGAAAAGCGAAAUCACAAAAUUUUUUUAGAAAAACAUUACACUAGGGUGCACACCAACAUUGAGCAAAAACCCUUUGAAGCCUCCUUAACAGGUGAUAUUGUGAGGAGAAAUUAGAUGCUGGUCACUCUAAGGGUUAAAUAACUAGAAUUUAAAAACCUAUAGGAAACAGCAGGAUGUGAGUGUAAUUUGACUACAUUUUACAACUCUUGAAGUGACCAAAAAUCACAAAAAGUACAAAGCAAUUCUUGAAUUUCUUUGGUUAACAAUCUUCUUAAAAAAUCACUGUGCAAUGCUUCCUUGAAUUUUCUUUGGGGCACUUUACUUGAAACACUUUUCAGAAGUCUUGAAAGUUUUUCUUUUGCUGAUCUUUUUAUAUAUUAACAGUGUUGACAAAUGAACAAAGCUUUAUGUCUAUUUUAUACAAAUGUAGAACUUUCACGUUAAAUAAUGUGCUUUAUCUUUAAAAACAUAAAUUGGAGAAUUCAAUUGUAUAGCAAUAUCCUAUUAAUGCAAUUUUAAUUGGACAUGUAUAAUAGAGAUAGAAAUAUAAACAAAAUAGUGUUGCCAUGGGAAGACAAGCUAUUUCCAAUUUUUUUUUAUGCAAUACAUAGUGCCAAGGCUGCAGUCUGAAGCUAACUGCUUGAGAAGAAGUCCCUUGCAAAGGCAACUCACACCAGCAGCUCCUGUAAGUGGCACUCAGUAAUUUGUCGCCAAAAAGCUGUAGAUAACUAUUGUCAAACCUGGUAGCCAGGGGAACUAUGAAGCCUAUAACUAUUGAUAGUUGUCAAGAGAAAUAGAGUAGUGUGGUGGUUACCUUACUGCACUAAUAAUUAUGAUCAUAGGAGUGGGUUUGAGCUCUGGUGGGGUCAUAGUGUUGUGAAAUUUGACAAGACACUUUCCUCGCAGUCCAGGUACAUAAAAGGAAUUUACACUCUUAACCUUUGAAAUGUUUACUAAACCUGAAAUAGUGCAGAGGAAGGGAUGAUAGUGAAGGGAAGGGGAGGGGAGGGGAGGGUGCCUGUGGUGGGCAAGAAAACCAUUCAAGAGGGGCAGAGACUCAACACAAAUGUAUGUACUUAAGAAAUUAUUGAUAAUUGGCAACUUUGCUCUGAGACUAAGAUCUUACUAAUAUAAGAACUCUGCAGGGAUAAAAGCAAAUGAAUAAAGGGGUAAGUUUUUAAAGAAACUGUGGUGCUGCAUCAGUGGGAGAGUAUAACAGGGUAAUUUAGUAUUAUUAACUGAGAUGAUAAUGUAAAUUGACCAUCAUAAAGGGUUUCAAAGGAGGCAAAUUUAUGUUAUCAACCCAUUUGUUAAUACUAAAUUAACCUAUUAGGGAUUAAAGCACCCAACUUGUAAAUGAUAUGCAGUGGGCAAAUACAUUGUAACUGUAAUUUAAACAAUACCAGAUACUUGCCUCUAAACAGAUGUUACAUGUAUGUGGCAUGUAAAUUUCAACUUUAAGGUUACUCUAGUUGGUUUGGUUAACUUGGAAUUUUAAGAGUUACAUGUAGCUCCUAUUUGUGAAAUCACUUUUGGAACUUUUAUUUAUAAGUCAGCAAAUAUCAGUAAAAGCAACAGGUAUCUAUGAAAAACAAUAUCUCUUUUCACCCAAGCUCAACUACAACUCUGUAGUAAUCUCUUUGAGCAGAUUUCAGUCAACAUUUCUUUCUUAUUCAAUACAGACUUCACUGCCAGCAAUGGGAAAAUCUUCUCAAGAGCUUGUGAGCCAAGGUACAUAUAUAUCGUAGGCAGUUCUGUGCUAAGUUUUUUAUCAAGUACACUUUUUCAGUUUCCACAACUUGUAAUGUGAUGUGUAUCUAUUAUUAUGUUAAAUUGGUUACACAUUUUUCCAGACAAGAAUCUUCCACAAGAACUGGAAAAGGCAAAGAACAUGGCCAUUGAAAAGGUAAAGUAGAGCCUUGGUCAAUUUGGUAAAAAUUUGCCCACAGUUUAGAGAAUGAUAUGACUACACUGCUGGCCAUCCAAAGGGUGACAAGCAAUACUCUUAGUUUAUUACAGAGUGAAGAGUGAAACAAACCAUGUUUCAUUUUUUCAGCCAAUCUCAUGUUUUAAAACAAAUAUCAACUGAAGACAUAUUGUGAAGGAACAUAAACAUUGUGCAGAUGCAGUUUUAUUAUAUUUCUUGUGCAUUAGCUUAAUUAUUUGUAUAUUGCUGAUGUUUCCUGGCUCCUUAUUUUACUUUUUUUUAUGUUUUUAACCAUAUUGCUUUCUUUGCAGUCAAUCAAGAAGACAAUUCAUCCCCAGUCACUGGAGGCAGUGGAUAAAUGGUUGAAAACAGCCACUGACAAAGGUUUAUUUGAAUGAGAAAAUUCAUGCAAUUACUUUAUAAAGAUAAUCUUAGACAAAUUAAAAACUGAGGCAUAGCACGCUUUGUAUUUUUCACCGCCUUGAAAAAUCUCAGAAUUUUUUAUACGUCUUUUUCUGUUGUGACUUUAAUUGCAGAUACUCUUUGCAGAUAAACUCAUCACUUUUCAUCUCAACCAUUGUGGUCAAUAUAUGAUUUACAUGUAUUGUGAGAUACAUUUUAAUUCAUACUUUUCCUUAGUGUUUCACUAAGGCUUUAUCACAUUUUGUUUUGACCUUAGUGCAAACAAGAGAACACUUUGUGCCAAAAAAAUUAGUGCAUAAUGUCUCAGUCAACAGUUUGUUUCUCAUAAACCAGCUUCUGCACCAAACAAUCUGCAGAGCAUGAAAAUAUGAACUUUAGUGCAGAUAGAUUGAGUGGGUUUUUUAUUUGAUUGACAGAACGUGAACUGGCCUUGAAAUUCUUCAGUACUUUGUCUGGAGUUAAGGCAGACAAGAUGGACUCACUGGGCCUUAAAAUAAAUCAUGACCACACAGAGGGCAACUAUGAUGGAGGAAGAAUCGAGGAAGCUCUUGAAGCACUGGCUAGGUAAGGCUGCAUGCAAAUAAAUUUUAAACAGACCUUUAUGUACAGUAUUUUAAAAACUAACUUCACUGUUUGCUCUGUAACUAUCAGGAUAUAUAGUCAAUUAAUAAUCCUAACUACAAAUUACCUAUACAAUUUAGAGAUUCACUGCCACCUUACUGUUGUUUCAUAGAGAAGGCACCAUUGCAUCUCGUGGUAAGCUGCUAUACAAUCCAAAGCGAGCUCCAGACAUUACCAAACAGUCAUAUUACCAGAAAGCUCGGCAGCGGCUACCAGGUCAUGUUAGGCAGCAGUUUCAGACAUGGCAUCAUCUUCCUGUUUACAAAGUACCAAGUGAUGCUGCCAUAAACAAAAGUUCCAUGUUCACACAGCCACACAGGGCCUAUGGACGGCAUUUUACCAUCCAUCCAGAGUGGGGACUGCACAAACCUAUUGUGUUGUAA